AUGAUCAAGCUGAAAAGUCACCGGCUGAAGGGAGGCAGAGUACAGGGUGGGAUAGAUAGCGGCAGAGUCCGGGGAGGAAUAGUUCUGGCUUGUAUCUUCUUCACUCACCUGAUAGCCUACCGGACUCAGUCCAGAUUCUCGGUCGAUCUAUUUGUGACCCCUCCUCCAUCUACUACUACCACUUUGGAAAGCGACUUGGUGCCCCCACCACCUCCCGUAGUUCUCAACACUACGUUCUUUACGUUGCCCGAAGAGGAGCGGCAAUUGACCCCCUUGCGAUUCGUGGACCGCGAACAGUACACACUUCGAAUAUUGAGCUGGAAGCGAGCCCAGUUUCUGGCGGCAUCGGUAUCAUUGCAUUCUCAAUGUCCGGGCGUCAAACAAAUUCAAGUGGUUUGGAGUAUCUUGCAAGAAGACGACAACAUGACGACGACGAAUCCAGACGAAAUAACCGACAAUCGCAUCCCUGCAGAAGUGUUGGAAAACCCAAAGGUCGUAGUGGAACGAAGGACCACCAACCGACUCAAUAAUCGCUUCGAUAUUCUGCCCACCACUCCCACAAGCACUCUUGGCAUUGUCAUUUUAGACGAUGACUUGAUUUACACUUGCGAGGCACUGGAUAUGGGAUUCUUUCUGUGGACUCAACAUCCCGAUCGAAUGAUCACGUAUGCACCCCGACGCCAUCUCGUCACAGACGCCUACUCCAACCCUCCCCGAUGGCGAUAUGGGUGGCAUCGCAAUCAACAAUAUUCCUUGGGAUUGACAUCCACGGCGUUUCUACACCGUGAUUAUCUGCACUACUAUACACAUUAUCUACCAAGAGACAUGUACCAGCACAUCCAAGAUCACAUGAAUUGUGAAGAUAUUGCCAUGAGUUUGCUUAUUUCCAAUCUCACACAUGCAAAAUAUCCCAUUGCCGUCGACGAGUGGGGGUUCACAUCGCGACUGCAGCUCGCUCUCAAAACGGGAUAUGAAGGAAUCAAGGCCGGAAAGAAUCAUAUGCCACAUCGAUCCAACUGUGUCGAUUGGUUCGCCACGGAUUUGCAGCUCAAGGACAAGUUUGAUGGCUAUUCCACCUUUCGAGGUAUUUCCACGUUUAAUACAUCCAACGUUCUUGCACCAGCGCCAACUCCAGGAUUGCAACAGAUCUUGGCCAAUCCACGUUUUCAUGCUUUGGAGGAGAAGCGAAGAGAAUGGUUGCAACUAGACGGGAGAGAAUUUGGCCGAGUAGUGACAGGGAUACGGCGGUCCUUGGACCAGUACGCCAAGAGUCGCAAUCUGUCAUCCGAGGGGCACGGAUGA